CAGUAAGACUGGGAAUGGAUUACGUCUGUUGUCAUUAGUAUUAACAUAAUUGCUUGUGUCUUAAAUAAACACCAAGACUCUGAAGGAGCUUUUGGUACUGUUCCUCAAACUUCAAGACGUGGUUUCUACAGUCUUCCUUAACCAAUCCGUUGAUAGCGGGAGGAGUCCCACCGGUGGACCUGAGGGACUGAUAGCGGUGUUUCACGAGUUCGGCGGAGCGUUUCACGAGUCCGAAGGUCCAAGGUCCGGUUGGGGGUUUAUCGGGGGUGUCGGCUCCGGUACAAGCGAGCGACAUGCUCCCGCCUCAGAGAAUCGCGGGCCGAGUGCGGAGAGCAUUUCACUGGCGGACCGCCUCACCGUGGACCACGUGCGUGAGAGUGGCGUGUUGCAGUCACCUGCGCUUUAUGUGGUUCGCUUUGAUGGUCUUGACGGUCCUUUGCGUGGCGCUGCAGAUGCUGGGAGUCGUCCGACAGGCCAGGAGCGCCAAGGUUUUGAAACUUGUGAGUGAGCAGCUGGUCAGAAUGCCUGCAGAGAUCCACAGACCCACAAAGCGCAACAACUGGGAAAACCUUUGGUCUGUUUCUGCAGCCAUUGCUGAGGAACCAGUGGACCAGCAUCCUUUCAUACAAAGAAGAGAUGAGAGCGGAAACCCUCGUUCAGAAGAGAAAAGGGAAUACAAUAGGAUACAAGAUACAGUCUUGGAGGAUAUAAGAAAAAAGCUUACUAGCACCACCAAAGCAGCCCCACCAACAGUCGCGAAUAAACAAUGGCUUGGCCAAGAAUUUCCAAACCAGCCACAGAGGCCAGCUUUCCCCAAAAGGACCCCAGAAAUUAAAAAACCACCACAGUCUGAUAACAAUAAUGAUAAAUAUACAGUAAAAUCACAAGCUGACAACACUGUAACUUGUCAGCCCAAAAACCACAUAGUCUUCCUCAAGACGCACAAGACUGCCAGCAGCACCAUACUGAAUAUUCUCUAUCGUUAUGGGGAAAGCCAUAACCUGACCUUUGCCUUGCCGCUGAACAUGCACAGCCAGUUAUUUUACCCAGCAUUCUUUGCAGCACACUUUGUGGAGGGUGUCAGGACUCGCAGCGUGAAGGAGUUCCACAUCCUCUGCAAUCAUAUGAGAUUCAACUCACAAGAGGUGAGGAAAGUGAUGCCUAAAGACACAUUCUACUUUUCCAUUCUUCGAAAUCCAGUGGCGAUGAUGGAAUCCCUGUUCGUUUACUACAAAGCUAUCCCAGCUUUCCAUGCCGUCAAGAGCCUUGAGGAGUUUCUGAUCCAGGGUGGGCGGAGCUACAACGCCUCUGUGCCUAAUAACCACUAUGCACGUAACAUUUUGACCUUUGACUUUGGUCUGGAUAAUACAGCACCUGAGAGCGACACCGAGCUGGACAGACGAAGCGCCGAGAUCAUUGCCGCCAUGGAACGUGACUUUUCGCUAAUCCUUAUCUCGGAGUAUUUCGAUGAAUCGCUGGUGCUUCUAAAACACGCCCUCUGCUGGUCACUGGAUGAUGUUUCUUCUUUCCGCCUCAAUAGUCGCAGUGAACGCUCUCGCAGGCCCUUGAGCACAGAGACCGCAGAGCGGGUAAAAGAGUGGAAUUCACUAGACUGGCGAUUGUACCAGCACUUUAAUGACACUUUCUGGAAACGCAUAGACUCCACACUCGGGCGGGCGACGCUCCAACAGGAAGUUGAACUUCUGAAGGCAAAGAGGAGGAAUCUUGAGCAAAUGUGUCUUCAGGAAGGAGGGGCAGUAGAUCCUGCGCAGGUCCAGGAUUCAUCACUGAAGCCGUUUCAGUAUGGCGCAGCAGUUAUUCAAGGUUAUAACCUCCGACUGGAGUUAAAUAAUGACACUCGUCAGCUUUGUCAGAGGUUGAUUACACCUGAACUACAGUACACCUCAGCUUUGUACACCAAACAGUUUCCUCAGCUGGCAGCCGCACGUGCCGCUGCUGCAAAAAAGAUUGCAGCUUCCAGAAACACUACAACGCACAGAGCUGUUAAGCGCAAUAUUGAGACAAAUGUUCACACAGCAAUGUCGAACUCAUAACAGAAAUAAUUAACUAAGGAGCAGUCAGGAAUGAACGCAUUAAAAGAUUUGAUGGCCAAAAAAUCUCUGCUGUCCAACGUAAAUAGUGUAACGAUGUAUGAAGCACAGCUCAUAUAAAAGUUACUUUCAAAGCAAGCAAUUUUCUGUUGGUGAAGGGAACCUUUUCGCCCUCGCUGACUUCUGAUUAGGGUUGGGUUUCGUUUAAAUUUUAUCAAUUCCAAUUACGAUUAUGAUUCUUAUCGGAAAAAAAAUGAAGUCAAACAUUUAGAUAUCAAACAUAUUAAUUCUGUGUCUCUUUUUGCAGAACAUUUAAUUGCUGCUGAAUACAAUGAACAAAAAUCAGCCGGUUUGUUUUAAAUAGGCUUAAUUAAACAAUAUUUGUUAGGAAUGAUAGCCUUUUAUCAAAGUUUUUAUCAAAAUUUGGUGUCUCCAUAUGACAUCUAUUAAUGUAUUUCUGCUUUACCCUCCAGCAAAACCAAUGAUACCUAAUUUGGGUUCUUAAAAUGUCACAGGCUAUGAUUAUGGUGUGAGACAAUAAUAAGUGUGAUUCAUUGUCUUAGAAGACUAAGUAAUGUCUCGUUUACCUUGUUUGAAUUUUCUCUUCGGACAUUACUCAUCUCAUUUUUAUGAAAAUGAUUUUCCAUUUGUAGACCAGAAGAAGCUUAUUGUGCUAGUUCAGCUGUGUUUUGGAAAAUGCAAAGCUUUCUGUUCAAUAGAAAACCAAUGGUUCGAGUUUCCAAUGUGAGUCAUAAGUUUAUAUAACCUGGAUAAAGUGUGUGUUUGGCCUCUGCAAAAGUACAGAUUCAGCUCAACUAGGUUUUUGUUCUAAUGCUAAUUGGAUAUUGACCUAUACAGCAGUAUUGUGAAUCACCUGGAGAAUAGGCAUGAACUUUGUAAAUCCAGCUAUUUAUUUUUGCACCGUGUGGCUUUUCAAUUUGAUUUGUUGUUAAAUGUCACUGGAACAAAGUGGAAAAUAUGUCACUGGCAUUUUCAGACUCAUGAAUCAAAGCCUAAUGCAAAAUACACUGAACUGAACUAUUAGAUUUUUCUUUGCUAUUUCUGACAUUCCAGUCUUAGAAAUACAGUGGCCUCUGAAAGUAUUCAGACACAAAGGACACACACUUAAAGUUUGCUAGUGCUGUGGCAUAGUCGUGCACAGGACAAUAAGAGCUGUUGGCUCAGGUUUGAGUCUGACCUGGUUCAUGUCCUGAUCCCAUUUUAUCUUUCCUAUCUGCAUUCUGCUGUUCUAUAAAUAACGACAAAAUGCCCUAAAAUAAAAUGAUAUAUAAACAGAAUGUAUGAACUUCAUUGUAUUAGAUAAAAAUAUCAAACCAGGUGAAAUCAACAAACAAAACAUUAGAAUUUUCUCAGUAUUAACGUGAUGUUUAUGAAGUCGGGUUUACACAUCAGAUCGAUCACAUGUAGUUCACUAUGAACCUGAUCCAAAUCUAAAAGUCCAAAUAAUUUGUUAAGUAAUAAUAAUACGUUUUAUUGGUUUAUUCUAUUAUUUAAAGUCAUUUCAUACAAUAAUUUAAUUGAAAAGAGAGAUUUCUUUAAAAUGAACAUUGCUUGGUUUGGUAUUUUAUUAUGCAACACAAUGACAUGUUGUGUAAGUGUUCAAGUUUUUAACGGAGCCUCUGUUUCUCACAAGUGGAAUCCUAAUUAAUGUAAACAUUCUGUAUUAUGAUGGAUUUAAUACAAUGGCCAUCUACAAAACCUGAAAUCCAAAAAACCA